CCGUCUUACACUCUCACUCAGUCGAGCGAGCGUACAGGAGGCAGCAGGCAGCUGCCGAGGAGCGAGCUGGAAGGCGACUCCAGCCUCCUCCAGCACGAAUCGUGCCUCCUGUACAAUGGAAACUAAGCGGCCGCGUAGCAGAAGGGAUGGAGGGCAGAGCUGCCGGGCAGGUCAGCAGGGGUCAUGAGGGCGUCGGACGCCCCGCUCGCUGUUCAGAGCAGCUGAAGCAGACAUGGGCAAAGAAAUCCCGGACGGCAUCGGUAGGCCCAGCCUCAUCGACUUCACCAGCCGCACCGUCGUUUGCAACAACCACCACUGGCUACGCAACAAGUUCUCUGUAUUCGCCGGCGUCUCCCUGUAAGACUUUGCAAUGAGAAUGUCCGAUACCAUUGACGCUGAAACGAUGAAGGUUCCCGAGGCCAACGACGCGGUGUCAUCAUCAGCGAAAGACAGCGCCGCCAAGUCGGAGGUCCCCGAGCCGAGCCAGAGCAGCAGAGAUGAGCACAGCAGCAACAAUCAGAGGGACGCGCAGUCUGCGAAGCACUCCAAGUCCAACACCAGGCUAAAGCUCGUGCGGAGCCUGGCGGUGUGUGAGGAGUCCUUUUGCCCCAUACCCGAGCCUUCAGCAGCACCUCAGGAUGGAUUCCUCCUGCAGCCCUUUGAAAAGGAAGAACGGGCCGCGCAGGAUCAAGCUGAGAAAGAGGACAGCUGCAAGGUGGAAAAACCGGAGAAGGCGCCGAGAAAAAUGCUGUCGAGAGAUUCCAGUCAAGACUACACAGAUUCCACUGGCAUAGACCUCCAUGAGUUCCUGGUCAACACGCUGAAGGGCAACCCCAGGGAUCGAAUUAUGCUGCUGAAGUUGGAGCAGGACAUCUUGGAUUUCAUCAGCAAUAAUGAAAGCCAAAAGAGGAAGUUCCCGCCCAUGACGCCCUACCAUAGGAUGCUGCUCCAUCGAGUGGCCGCCUACUUUGGCAUGGACCACAACGUGGACCCCAGCGGGAAGUCGGUCGUCAUCAACAAAACCAUCAACACUAGAAUACCCGAUCAAAAAUUCUCAGAGCACAUCAAGGAUGACAGGGCGGACGAUUUUCAGAAACGCUACAUUCUCAAACGAGACAACUCCAGCUUUGAUCGCGACGACAGCACGAUUCGAAUGCGUUUGAAAGCUGACAAGAGGAGCAAAUCGAUGGAGGAGCGGGAGGAGGAGUACCAGCGAGCCAGAGAAAGGAUAUUUGCACAUGAUGGAGAUCACUUCAUACUAGAUAGAAGUGCUCAGGAUGAAGACGCACGCAUGAGCACCCAACAGAGGCGGCAAAUGUUCAGGUUACGAGCCGGCCACUCCGGCGCCAGCCGCCAGAGCAGCUCGGAGACGGAGACGCUGCCGCGGCUCAGCGAGCCCCGGCCGUGGAGCAGCACGGACAGCUCGGACAGCUCCAACCGGCUGGCCCCGCGUCCCCCCAUCACCAAGGCCAGCAGCUUCAGCGGCAUCUCCCCCGGCCUCGUCCGCGGGGACAGCACGGCCAGCAGCAAGAGCACCGGGAGGCUCUCCAAAACAGGUUCGGAGUCGUGCAGUAGCGUCGGCUCCUCGUCCAGCUCGCUGUCCCGUCCUCAGCUGCCCCUCCCGGCGUCAGGCCCGUCCCGGUCCAGCAUCCCCAACGCACCUUUGAUCCACCCGUCCACCGACGCCAGAGGCCCGGGACACCCCGACAUGGCCAAGAGCAUCCCCUCGCAGCAGCCUCUCGCCGCAGACACGACAAACUAUUACGUGUUGCCGCUGGAAGCCUCAGGAAUACCACCUGGCAGUGUUCUGGUCAACCCGCACACAGGCAAGCCUUUCAUCCACCCCGAUGGCAGCGCCGUAGUUUAUAACCCGGCCGGCAUCGCCCCUGCUGUUGGCAGGAUCCCACAGCAGGGGAAAACCCCACAGCAGCCCAUGUCUGCCGCGUCACAGCAGCAGCCAACCAAUCACCUUCACUCCCAGCCGAUCUGUCCUCCUCUCCAGCCGUCCUCUGAGCUUGUCCACAACCCAACGGCCUCUUAUCCUCUUCCACCUCCUCUUCCUCCUUCUCAGUUCCUGCCCGUCUGUCCUAACCAACAAUACUCUGUGCCUGACGCCCUCAGCGCCCAGUUCGGUCACAUGACUCUGGCACAGCAGCCGCCAAACGACGGCGGGUCCUCGGCUCCGGACGGCCGCCACUAUUCCUCCGUGUACCACCACCACCACCACCACCCGUCCCCCAUGAUGCUGCAGGGAGCUCCACCGCAGCAGGUGGCGAGCUACAUAAUGACGGGGCCGUCGGGAGGACACCCAGGGGUUCUGCAGGGUCAACCCGUCCCGCUCCCCACCCCGGGCCCGAACCACGGGUAUCCCAACUCCACCCCGGGCCCCGCUGCUUUCCCGGGACCCUCCCUGAACCAGCCGCUCCUCCAGCAGCACACCUACAUCCAACAGCCUGUCCAACAGAUGUCCACGUGUUAUUGCUCUUCAGCCCACCACCCACACUGCUCCAGCCAGCAGCAGCACUACAGACCCCCCGUCAACGCGCUGCCCUAUAACUGCCCUCAGAGCCAAAACCUGCCCCAGCAACAAGUGCACCAAGCCGUGAUGCCAAACCCAGCGUCCAGCUACCAGACCGUAGUGGGCGUGCAGCCAACACCCAACCUCGCUCUCACUGGCAACCAGCAAAGCAAUAUGGGCAACCAGAUGCAAGGCAUGAUGGUCCAGUACCCUCCAAUGCAGUCUUAUCAGCAGGUUUCUGUUCCACAGCAGACGUACCAGCAGCCAGUGUUUGUGUCCUGCCAGCCGGGACAGGGAACAGUGGCUGUGGCUGGCAUGCAGCCCUGCUACAGCCUGCUCCCCCCUAACCAGCACACCACCAUGAGUUCCACAGUGAGUUUCCUGCCCGCCCAGAUGAUGGAGCAGCUCCAGUUUCCUCAGACCUCGUCUCCCUGCGUCUCCCAGCAGCAUCCAGGCCAACAGUACGCAGGGCUGCUCCACCCGCCCCCCAGCAGCGGGAUGGUGAUGCUGCAAAUGGCGGCGCCCCCCUGCCAGCAGCCCCGGGCCCCCUCCCCGUGUCAGAGGAAACAGCCCAGCCACAAACACUCGGGGCCCGAGUACCAGCGCAGCCGCAGGCCUGCUGAGCUCCCGCCACAUCCAGACAACACACAGAGCAGCCUGCCCUCGUCUCCUUCGCCAGGACAGCCGCCCAGCGUCAAGGGCCUCCCGUCAGGCAUCUCACCCAUCCCUGUCAUGGCCCACCACCCGCACCACCACCACCACCCUCAGCUCCCUACAGCCUUCUGCCACAGUGGACAAGGUGAAGGACACUUCUCUCUACUGGGCCAACCUCUGCAGUACAAACCCUCCAUCAGACCUCCGCUGAUCAACACUGCACACAUGGUGGUUAAACACCAGGGUCCACUGGGGGUUUGGCGUAGCAGCGGUCAUGGGAGGAAGGCCAACAGAAAAUCUCUGUCUUCAGAUCUCAGUGUAGGUGAAGCAGUGAGCAGUCAGACUCUGGAAGUGACACAUCCUCCGGAGGGGAUCGGCUGUGCAGACUCCAACCAUCUCCUGGCAGAGCUGUGCAAAAGGAGCGAACUGAUGCAGCGGCUGUCGGACCGUCGGCUCUGCGGCGCCACCAGAGACGCUCCCGGCAGAGACCUGGCCACAUCGUACUCUGUCUUUACGCUGCUCCCCUCCAGAUACACCGGCCACAGCGGCCCCCCCGGCCACCUAUAAACCUCGAACUAUAGCGCCAGACACAAAGGGGAAGCCGUGCGACUCGGACAAGGCCCGGCUCACAGCCGCUAAGGCGUCGGUGCAUCUGAGGAGGAGCCACGUGAACGCACAUCCAAACCACCUGCCUCUGCUGCCUCAGUCUGGACCGUCUCCCAGACUCCCUCCGCAUCAAAAACAACACAACAAUAUCAAACGUUUGAAGAAUGAAUGUUCACUUUUAUUUAGUUUUAGUUCAUUUUAUCUUUUAGUUUCUUCUGGCCCGACAGGACGACGCAGGGUGGACUCGACGCCCCCGCUCUAGUCUAAACAUCUAGUUUGCUGUUCUAAGGUGAAACUGUUUGGAGAGCUUUGGGAUUUAUUUGCCAGAUAAAAAUGUUUGCGUAUCCACUUUGACAGCAGGUGUAUGACUCGAAUGUUUUUGUGCCCUUUUUUUUUUUUCUUUUCGUUUUUCGAAAAUUAGACGGUUUCAUUUCACAUUUAAAUAGCAAGUGUUUUCAGUUUCAUUAAGUUCUGUUCGAUAAUUUCCAGCGGCUGGACUCGAGCUCGACUCCAGCGACCGACUUCUUGAAACGCAGCAGUAUUUAUCUCACGUCAACGCACCGCGGCAGAUGUGUGAGUCACAGUGUGAGUCUGUACAAUAAGAAACACUGAAUGACAGAUGUACUACCUUAAUUAUUUAAAGUCACCGUCAAACACAGUGAAUGUUGCAUUUGCACUGAAGUGAUGAUCAAGAUGGAGAUUUGACUGGUAUCAGCCCGGGCCUGGAUUUUCUUUUAUUAACCCCCCAAUUACCUGUUUGUUGCACUCGGCCAGGGCACUUUGUUUUAUAUAUUAAAUUAAAAUGUUUAUAUGCACAAGAAAAA